CGCUGGUCUCGGCCUUUGGAUCUUCUUUCCAUUAUGGCUACAAUCUCGUCGUCCUCAACUACCCAGCUCAGUUGAUGCAAGAGUUUUACAACCAGACGUAUCGCAGGAGGAAUAACAUCAACAUGGACCAAGGCCUGCUCCUGUUCCUGUGGGGGCUCACGGUUACGUUCUUCCCCGUCGGAGGCCUGGUUGGGACCCUGUGGGCUCGGCCCCUGGCGGAUCAUUGUGGCAGUCGCUGGUGUCCUCUUCGGUUGCUCCAAAGUGGUGCAUUGCUACGAACUGAUCAUCUUCGCACGCUUGGUCAUUGGAAUAUCCGCAGGCAUCGCCUGCAGUGUCGUCCCCAUGUACCUCGGCGAGAUGUCCCCGCACAACCUGAGAGGAGGCGUAAUUGUGGUGUCCCAUUUCUUCAUCACCUUUGGCGUCUUGGUUGCCCAGGCCCUCGGUCUCCAUGUCGUCCUUGGAACCAGGAGAGACUGGCCGAUUUUGUUGUUCCUCACCUGCAUCCCGGCAUUAUUCCAGGUCUUUCUGCUGCCCCGCUUCCCUGAAAGUCCCAGGUAUCUACUGAUACAAAAGGGAGAUGAAGAGGAAGCAAGGAAAGCCUUGCAGAAGCUGAGAGAGCGGGACGAAGUGGAGGAUGAGAUAGAAGAGCUGAGAAUGGAGGACGACUUUGAGAAGCCAGAGAAGCAGAUGUCCAUGUGCAAGCUGGUCCUUUGCAGAAGCCAGCAGUGGCAACUUCUGUCCAUUUUCGUCAUGACGCUUGGCCAACAUCUCUCUGGUCUCAACACAAUACACUAUUAUGCAGAGGUAAUCUACCGAUCUACAGGCGUACAAGAGGACAACGUCAGGUACAUCACUGUGAUGAUAAGCGCGACCGUCAUCUUCAUCACCACCAUAACGAUUUUUGUGGUCGAUUCUUCGGGGCGAAGGACGCUGCUUCUCACCGGCUUUGGGAUCUGCGGCAUCAGCUGCAUUCUGUUAGCCAUGGCCCUGGAACUUCAGAGCACCAUUCCCUGGAUGUGCUACUUUAGCACGGCUUUUGUCAUUCUCUAUGUGAUCGGACACUCCGUCGGGCCCAGUCCCAUUCCCAGAGUGAUGGUCGCAGAGAUGUUCCUGCAGUCGUCCCGGGCCUCUGCCUUCAUGACUAGCGAAAUCGUGCACUGGGUCACCCACUUCUUUUUGGACAUGCUGUUUCUUCAUAUGACGGUUGAUAUCAAGCCCUACAGCUUUCUCGUCUUGCUCUUCAUCUGCAUGGCCACCUACGCUUACAUCUACAGGAUGGUCCCAGAAACCAAGAAGAAGACCUUUGUGGAGAUCAGGAAGCUUAUGGAGGACCACAUGGCCCGGAAGAGCCUGGGGAAGAUGCAACUGGGGAAGUAG